GUUUAUUUUUAACUUACUGAGCAAAAUUUUCUUGUUGUUAUUUGAACAUUUCUUUUUUCUUUUUUCGCUUUUUCUUCUUUUUCGAAACAACAAACGAUGUGGGUACAAGAAAGUGAUGCGUGGAUAACGUAUAGUGUUUUAUUUGGCUUGAUGACGAUCCUAUUGUUUAUAAAAGCAACAAGGAAACAAUGGCAUAUAUUCCCAUUUAUUGUUUAUGCAGCAUUCAUGACAUUCGGUCACUUGUAUGUUGCCUUGACACCUUAUUUUACUCGAGAAGACAUUGGUUGGAAAGAUCAAGAACCUAUUCUAAAUCAAAUGCCAGCAUUUUCUAUUUUGGUAUUUGGAGGUAUCAUUGAAUUUCAAUUCAUCUAUGCGAGGUUUAUUGUUGCCGCCCUCAGAAAUUAUAGACGAUGGGGUAGUUUACAUCCAGUAGUGAUUGACGAGAAAUCAGAAGAAGAAGACACAACAAGUGAAGACUCGCAUGAAAAACUUAGGGAGACAGCGAUUACUUCAGAAUCCUACAUGAUCUUGAGUCAACCACCACCUGUUGCGUUUUCAAUCAGCUCCAUGAUGUUAUGGAUCAAUAUUUCAAUACUAGUGCUCUAUGCGGCGACUGUUGUUGUCUUUUUAUCGUGUAAGAGUGUAUUGGAGGAUGAAGAGACAGUGAAUUUAGCAUCAGCCCUAUGUAUGACGGUCAUGACCGUGCCUACUGUGUUGAAUUUUUUGACAGUGCUAUAUAUCAGUGGCAAGUGUCGCUCCUCUGAAGAAAUCAGAAGAAUCAUUCGACAAAAUAGGCAAGAUGCGCUGAUUCUAUUUUUAAUGCCAUUGCUUUUUAUGUGGGUUAUGUCCAACACGACGGCUGUUGCUUGGCUGGCUGUCAAAUCACCUUUAUCAAGGCCGUUUAUGACAGACUCGUUUGACCUGAAGAAUUGGAUUGUGUUCAAAUCGUUUCUUAUCUAUUUCCCGCUUGUUCUGUUACUGAUUUGUUGUGCGGUCAAAAGUGCCAGUGAUGUCAAUCUAUUAGAAGAAAACAGACAAGUCAAUCCAUCUUCUGAGCGAACUGUAAGCUCGAACACUACUUUAAUGAACAGAAUACAUAGUGAAGAACGAAUGAAUAAAAGGUUAAUGUUUAUUUGA